GCUUACGUGCACAAGAGCGUGAUGGAGGAGCUCAAGAGGAUCAUCGACGACAGCGAAAUCACGAAAGAAGAUGAUGCGCUGUGGCCUCCUCCCGACAGAGUGGGCCGGCAGGAGCUCGAAAUAGUAAUCGGUGACGAGCACAUCUCUUUCACCACGUCAAAAAUCGGUUCUCUCAUUGAUGUAAACCAGUCCAAGGAUCCAGAAGGCUUGAGAGUAUUCUACUACCUGGUCCAGGACCUUAAGUGUCUAGUCUUCAGUCUUAUUGGACUACACUUCAAGAUUAAGCCAAUUUAAAUCAAGCAAACUGAAGUUUGCAUCACAGUGUCUGUAGGGGGGGGGGAAGGGGGGAAAGAUGCUGUUUCAACUCCUUACUAUUUCUGGCCUGAAGCUUUUAUGUAUGUUAGAAAUUUUUUUUACAAACUGUCAGUGACUGUCUUAAUAAACUGGUGAGAUCUGUUUUUUUAAUUU